AACAACCAAACCCCUUCGACGACGACCAAACACAACUGCGCGCUGCCGCAGACCUGCAAGCUCCCCUACAGACUGCAGACCACUCUGGCCAGCCGUGCAUCUGCCGGUGGUCCCGUCGUCCUCGUUAUCUCUAUCUUCGCGAGCCGCUUUCAAAUAGAGGGGUUGCCUUGGCCAGGUCCACGGCCCGCGCAGUCGCCAUGUUGAAGAUUUGGUCCAUGAAAAAAGAGCAACAAAAAGCUGAGAAUGCGGAGAACGCAGCAGCAGGCGGCAAGAAGAAGAAGGUGACAGCAGCGCAACUACGCGUGCAAAAGGAUCUAUCGGAGCUCUCCCUGGGCAAGACGAUGAAGACAGACUUCCCCGACCCGGACGACAUCCUGCACUUUACGCUGACGAUCGAGCCGGACGAGGGCAUGUACCGAUCAGGGGUAUUCAACUUCACAUUCGACAUCAACCAAAACUUCCCGCAUGACCCCCCAAAGGUGCGGUGUAAGGAGAAAAUUUACCACCCGAACAUCGAUCUCGAGGGCAAGGUGUGCCUGAACAUUCUGCGUGAGGACUGGAAGCCUGUGUUGAACUUGAACGCCGUCAUCGUCGGCCUGCAGUUCCUCUUCCUCGAACCGAACGCCUCGGAUCCCCUCAACAAGGAGGCUGCAGAGGACCUUCGAUCGAACCGCGAUGGCUUCAAGCGCAAUGUUCGCGCCUCGAUGGGCGGCGGCUCCGUUAAAGGUAUAAGCUACGACCGGGUGCUGAAAUGAGGGC